GACUACGUUCAUUUGGUGCUGCUUUGAAACGUUUAAAGUGCAUUUUCAUAAAUAAAAUUGCAAAUUUGAUGUGAAAUAUUGAAAAAAUAACAACUUGCAAUUAAAUUUAUUGAAAGAAAUCUAAAAUUAUCGAUAUAGUGCAUUGAUUGGGUGGUUUGCGAGAUGUCAAAAAUCGCAAAUGUGCUGGAUGCCGUACUUGUCAAAUCUAACGUCAUGUGAACUAAAUACCGAUAAAUGUGUUUUUAUUUACCUGAAACAACAGAUGAAACGUGCCGAGGAAUAAGAACUUAUCGCAUUCAUCUGUUAUUGAACUGGAUUUAGAUCGAGGAAUAUGGACGCCGAAUCGGAAUUGAACUUGUACAAUCAUGUGAACUUUUUGGCCACAACAUCUAAGCCAAAUAAAAAAUCCGCAAACCGUAAGAAUCGAAGUGUUCAAAAUGAAAGAACGCUCAAGUCGUUUCCAAAGCCACAGUCGCAGCAGAAUGCAAGAGCGAAGAAAAACAUUAAUAAGUUUCAAUCCAAGCCAUACCAAGGUUCAAAUGCAUCCACAAAGCAGAAAUCAUUGAAUAAUGUCCGUCGGAUACAAUUCAAACUCAGUGCCAAUGAGUUGUUAUUCUUCCCAAAGCGCUAUAAUCCAAGGCCUGAGCGUUCAGCGACAACAGUUCCCAAUGAUUUGAUGCGCAAGAGUAAUUACCUGGCGAAAGUGAGUGUGAUGUCAACUGAAAAACAACGAAAAUUGCGAUCGGAACAAGAUGCACGAUAUUUAAAUAAGCCAGCAACGAUACCAGAUGUUACUGAAGAUGAGGAAAAGGCAUUAUGCUAUGAUCACCUGGUUGGGCGAUGCAAUUCACAAUCAUAUUGUGGUAGAUAUCAUCAAUUGCGAAAUCCACGAAUUUUCGGUGUUUGUAAAUACUACCUAUCCGGAUGUUGCACCAAUGGUGAUUUAUGUCAAUUUAUGCAUGAAGAUUAUCCAUGCCGAUUUUACUAUUUGGAUAUCGACCAUCCAAAGGGAAUAGAUGAAGAAAACUGUCGGUUUAAGCACGGUGGACCACUUCCAAAGCGACUUUAUUAUAAUUUUAAGAAACAAAUCGGCAUGUGGGCAAAAGAAAUUACCAAAGAAAAACCAGAGAACUUUGAUAGUGUGUUGAUGGAUUAUAUAGAAAAAUUUGAAACAAAACAUGAAAAAUUAGAAGAAGAAUAUGGCGUUCAGAACGAUGAACCUUCAACAGUAACGUCAGAGGAUGAUCGAUUUUCAAUUGAGUCAAUUCUCUCGAGUAAACAAUUAAAAGCGUUAGCAGAAAAGAAUAUCACAACUGCAGCACAGAUUAAUCAAGGUCCCAUUGAUGAUUUAAUUGACUUGGGAUUGACAAUGGAUCAAAUUUAUACAAUAACUACAAAUACAUGCAAUGAAAGCGAUCAAUCUCAAGUAACGGGUGAAGAUUUUAUAGAUCAUAAUGUAAAUGAUGAUGUUAUGGGGUUGGAUAUAGUGUUAGGUGGCUCCAAUAAUUCAAUUGGUAGCUCAACUAAUGUACUAGAUUGUGUAAGUAACGCAUUAGACAGCUCAACUGAUGUCGAUUCUCAAGAGAUUCAAUCCAUUGGAGAUUUAGAUGUAGAUUCACUGCUUGGUUUUGCACAGAUUGAAAUGAAGGAAGCUGAACAGUUUCUACAGACCAAACAAAGCAUAUUUUUAGGUGGUCAAAGACCAACAAAUGAAUGUUUAACUUUAGAAAAGAAAAAUUCAACAGAUCAACUUGUAACCGUAUUCAAAACCAAAUCAGAGGCCUGUAAAACUGAAAUGAUCAAUCAAAAGCAAAACUUCAACUCAGAUAAUUCAGAUGACAGUGAUAGUGAAUUUAGUUUAAUAAUUAACGAGGAUGUUUAACAAAUGUUUGGUAAAUUUUAUUUUGGAUUGACAUAUUGUUACAUUUUAUUCUGAAUAAACGGUAUAACUUAAAAAUGAGAUGAAA